UUUCCCCAGUUCUUUUUCUUCAACUCUGGCAUCUCCUGGUACAGCGAUAUCAAUGAACUGUACGUUUCAGCCCUCGACAACCAUGAUAUCUGGCGUGUUGUAUUGUUGUUAUUCCUGAGCUCCCCUUUUCUCUGUUCAGGCUCUCUCCAAAGCACAAAACAGGGUUAAUUAUAAUUUGCGCAAAGCCCUGCUGAUACCGCCAGCUGCCGCUGGGUAACAUCCGGUCCACCGUGUUUAGGAAGUGACUGCAAGGAGGACGAUUUCUCGGGCGUUGGAGACACGAAGGGGGGAAAAAACCCCACACAUAGCGAGCUGUGGCUUUCAUCAGUGCCGAGGCAGAAAAGCAACUGCCACCAUGAAGUCCUAUCAGAAGCUGAGCACGGACAUCCCUGGGAUCACCGAGGCAGGGGAGGAAGACCCUGAUGGGAAACCAUUGUGCCAUCAAAAGCUGUCGGCUUGGUGGCUAGGCGGGGGCCUCUUGAUGGUGGCCGCCCUCCUGAGCGGGGUGACAGUUUGGGUUCUCGGCCAGAUUUGGUGGGGCCAGCACGUGGUUCCCUGCCUGUCCAAAUGCACCUCCGUGCCAGAGAACCGCCGCUUUGACUGCUACCCGGAGAAAAGCAUGAUUGUGACGCAAGAACUUUGUGAGGGUCGGGGGUGCUGUUUUGUGGACGGCGAGACCCCCCUCGAUAGGAUAAACGGGAUUCCCUGGUGCUUCUAUCCCCCCGAUUUCCCCAGCUACACCUUGGGGGCCACGAACGAGACUGAGCUGGGGCUGGUGGCUUUUCUAACCAGAGAAACGAAGACUUAUUAUCCAAAAGAUGUUGAGAAGCUGCAGCUCAGCGUGGACUUUGAAACGGAUUCUCGGUUGCGUGUCAAGAUCACCGAUGCCACCAAUCCCCGGUACGAGGUGCCUCUUGACGUCCCCCAAGCCACCAAGAAGGCGGAGAAUCCCCUCUAUUCCGUGGAGUUGUGCAAGGAACCUUUUGGUUUGGUCGUGAAGCGAAGACUCUCCGGGACAGUUCUGAGUCCUACAAUCUCUACGGCGUCCACCCAUUCUAUCUUCUCAUGGAGAAAGCUGGAGCUGCCCACGGGGUUUUCCUCCUGAACAGCAACUUAAUGGAGGUGGCCCUUCAGCCUGCUCCUGCCCUCACCUGGAGAACCACUGGGGGAAUUUUGGAUUUUUACAUCUUUUUAGGACCGGAUCCCAACUUGGUGGUCCAGCAAUACCAGCAAGUGAUCGGUUUUCCGGCUAUGCCCCCCUUUUGGGGGCUGGGGUUCCACCUCUGCCGUUGGGGGUACGGGACGAGCAACAAGACGUGGGAGACAGUCAAAGCUAUGAGGAACUUUCAGAUCCCUCAGGACGCCCAGUGGAACGACAUCGAUUAUAUGAACAGCACCCGAGAUUUCGCUGUGGACUCCGAUAAGUUUGCCAGUCUCCCACAGAUGGUGGAAGAUCUUCAUAAGCACGGACAACACUACGUGCUCAUCCUGGAUCCCGGAAUUAGUAGCACUCAACGUCCUGGCUCUUACUGGCCUUACGACGAAGGCCUGAGACGCGGCGUGUUCAUCAACAACACCGGAGGGAAACCUCUGAUUGGAAAGGGAUCCUGGGAGGUUCCAUUUCGGCAAAGACUAUUUGCGCUUCAGCCAAGCAGAGGGUCUCCGUGCAUUACAAUCUCCACAACCUCUACGGGCUGAUGGAGGCCAAGGCCACCUCAAGGGCUCUAGUUGAACUCCGGGGGAAGAGGCCCUUCGUUAUAUCACGUUCUACUUUCCCAAGCCAGGGCAGGUAUUCCGGACACUGGCUGGGAGACAACCGGAGCGAAUGGAAGGAUAUGUUUUGGUCCAUUCCAGGCCUGCUGAGCUUCAGCCUCUUCGGAGUCCCAUUGGUCGGGGCCGACAUCUGCGGCUUCUCCAGCUCCACCUCGGAAGAGCUCUGCGUUCGCUGGACGCAGCUGGGAGCCUUCUAUCCCUUUUCCCGCAAUCACAACACUCAGCUUGAGAAGGCUCAAGACCCCACAGCCUUUAGCCCAGCAGCCCGGACGGCCAUGAAGGCAGCGCUAGAACUCCGUUACACCCUGCUGCCCUUGCUCUACUCUCUCUUCCAUCGGGCUCAUCUGCAAGGGGACACGGUCGCCCGGCCCUUGUUUUUUGAGUAAGU